AGUGCUGUUUGUCUUUCAGUUUCGUUUCUUGUUCAGUUGCUGUUCCUGCUCUCAGUGAUGGCGGCUGCUGAUCUGAGAGACGAGCUGAGCUGCUCCAUCUGCCUGAGCAUUUAUACUGAUCCUGUAUCCCUGCCGUGUGCCCAUAACUUCUGCCGGGGCUGUAUUGGGAGGGUGCUGGGCACCCAGGAGGGAUCUGGGCCUUAUUCCUGCCCUGAAUGCAGACAGGAGUUUAAGGAGCGCCCUGCCCUGCCCAGGAACAGAACUCUGGGGAACAUAGCAGAGCGAUUCCUUUCUGCUCAGCCCGAGCCGGGGGACACUGGGAUUCCCUGCACCUACUGUGACUCCCAUGUACCUGCUGUUAAAUCCUGUCUCCUGUGUGAGGCUUCUGUGUGUAAUAAGCACCUGAGGAUGCACAGCAAGUCAGCGAAACACGUCUUAAUAGAACCCACAAUGGACAUGGGGGACAAGAAAUGCUCCGUCCAUGAUGAACCCCUGAAAUAUUACUGCUGGGAGGAGUCUGUCUGUGUCUGUGUGUCCUGCUGUCUGGCCGGAGAGCACAGGGGCCACAGGGUGGAGCUGCUGAGUGAGGCCUCUGAGAAGAAGAAAGAGACACUGAGGAAAGUUGUGGAGAAACUGAGGCCAGAGAGAGAGGAGACUGAGAGAGGAGCCCAGAGACUGCAGGAGCGCAGGAGAGAAGUGGCAGAAAAAGCAGCCGGUGAGACAGAGAGAGUCACUGCCCUGUUUAGAGACAUCAGGGAACAGCUGGAAGCCCUAGAGAAGCGACUCCUGAGUGACAUCUCCAGCCAGAAAGAGAAGCUCUCACUCACACUCACUGAUCUGAUGGAGCAGCUGGAAAUAAAGAAGGACGAGCUGUCCAGGAAGAUCCGUCACAUUGAGGAGCUGUGCAACAUGGCAGAUCCACUCACUGUCCUACAGGAACGGGAAUCACAUGGAGCUGCAGAUAAUGAGGGGGGCAGAGAGAGACAUGAUAUAAAGGUCCCUGCUGUAGGGGAUCUGGAUGUGGAUAUGAUCUCAGAGACAUUACUCACAGGCUUAGCUGCCAUUGGGACUGGGGUAAAGGGAAGGAUCUAUGGGCAGGAGGCUACAGACCUGUUACUGGAUAUAAACACGGCUCAUAAUCGUGUAUCUGUAUCAGGGGACAGGAAAUCUGCUUCCUACUCACUAACAGAACUACAUUAUCCACAAUCCCCAGCGAGAUUUCAGAAUUGGGAGCAGACUUUAAGCAGCAGGAGUUUCUCCUCAGGGCGACAUUACUGGGAAGUGGAGGUCAGUGAAUCAGGGGUGUGGGAGGUAGGGGUGGCCUAUCCCAGUAUAGAGAGGAGAGGGGGUCAGUCCUGUAUUGGGAGAAAUAACAAGUCCUGGUGUUUGUACAAAUGGUUUAAUAACAGAUAUUCAGUGAGACAUGACAGUAAAAGGACAGAUUUAUCCCACGUCUCUUCCUGCAGGAGAAUCAGGAUCUCAUUGGACUAUGAGGCCGGACGUCUGUCCUUUUAUGAGCUGAGUGAGCCAAUCAGACACUUACACACCUUCACUGCCACAUUCACUGAGCCCCUUCAUGCUGCAUUCUGGGUCGGGAGGGAUUCCUGGGUGAGAAUCAUUAGUUAGUAUC